AUGGUGAAAAGAAAGUUGGGAGCCUUGGAAAAGGUUGAGGCUGACUUGCCCAAUCUACAGCACAAGAUUCGCCGGGAUCCCAAGUCCUACAUUGAGGAUUUCCGUGCCCAGCACUACCAAUAUGAGUCGCAUCGUGAAAUUUUCAUGUCCGCGCCCACGUCGGCCACUGAUACCGGUAUCAUCUCACUGCGAGACCUGAUCGACUUUAUUACCCAUGUCGCCGAUUGUUAUCCUGAGAUCCUUAAGGACUUUCCUCAACAAUUGAUUGAUAUGCUCAUGCAGCAUCACUUGGUGCUGGAACCCGAGCUGAGAGAAAAGUUGGUCGGAAGUAUUGUUCUUCUGCGAAAGAAGGAUUGUUUGGACUCGCCAACUCUGCUCCACACCUUGUUCCCGAUUCUCAUUUCUACGCCUAGCAAGACUCUGCGCGCCCUGUUGUUCCAGAAGAUCCUGUCUGAGCUGCGCACCUCCAACUCAAAGACUACCAACCACAAGUUGAACCGUACCAUGCAGACUGUUCUUUUCAACUUGGUCACAUCAGACCGCACGUCCUCCAAGGCUCUUUGGGCAAUCAAACUGACCCGAGAGUUAUGGAAGCGCCAAAUCUGGACUGACUCCAAGACUGUCGAAAUUAUGAAGGAAGCUAGUUUGUCAGAGAACGAGAAGGUCAUCAUUGGUGGUGUGCGCUUCUUCCUCGGUGGAGACAAGGAACGUGAGGAGAUGGAGGAUGAAAGCAGUGACGAGGAAGUUGAUGUUGCUGGCAUCAAGCAUCGGCUUGGCAUCAACAAGAAGACCAAGAAGAAGGCCCGUGUUGCCCAGAAAGCGAUGCAAGCUCACAGGAAGAAGGAGAAGAAGAAGAACCAGCCCCACGCACUCAACUUUUCGGCCCUUCACUUAUUGCAUGAUCCCCAGGGCUUUGCUGAGAACUUGUUCGCCAAGCAUCUACAAAACACUCGGUCUAAGCUCAAGCUGGAGCAAAAGCUCUGUGUUCUGCAGUUAGUAUCUCGACUGGUCGGUCUGCACAAGUUGCAUAUCAUGUCGCUCUACUCCUACUUCCAGAAGUUCCUUACCCCCCGUCAGCCCUCAGUCACUUCGUUCCUGGCAUCGUUGGCCCAGGCAUCUCACGAUCUCGUGCCUCCGGAUGUUCUUGAGCCUCUUAUUCAGAAAAUUGCCAACGAGUUCGUUUCUGAGGCUUCUGCUGGAGAGGUUGCUACGGCUGGUCUCAACGCCAUUCGCGAGAUUUGUGUCCGACAGCCUCUGGCGAUGAACGAGACCUUGCUUCAGGAUCUUGUCAUGUACAAGAAGAGUAAGGAUAAGGGUGUGAUGAUGGCCUCGAAGGGUCUGUUGAGUCUCUACCGUGAUGUUGGCGCGUCGAUGCUCAAGAAGCGUGACCGUGGUAAGGAGGCCGCCAUGGGUCUUCGUUCUGGUGACAGAGAACAGAGACGCUUCGGUCAAGAAGAGGCCGGAGAAAUCGAGGGUCUGGAGCUUCUUGAGAAAUGGAAGGAGGAGGAACGCCGCAAGAAGCGACUUGAGAAGGGUCUUGCAUCCGAUGCUGAAGAUGAUGAUGAAGAAGAUGAAGAAGAUAACUGGGAUGCCUGGAAUGUCGAGGAUGACGACGACAGCAGUGUUGAUGGUGAGUGGAUCAACGUCGAGAGUGACGGUGAAAUCGAUAUCAGUGACUCGGAAGACGAGGGCAAGGAUCGGCCCUCCAAGAAGGCCAAGCAGGAUGCUGAGAAGGCCGAGGAGAAGGUCGAAGAGAAGAAGGAGGAGGAUGCUCCUCGCCAGUCUGCCUUCUCCAAACUUGCAACCACACGCAUUCUCACCCCGGCCGAUCUGGCCAAGCUUGCCGAGCUUCGCGCUCAGGCGUCUUUGGAGUCCGCUGUUUCCGGCAACAAGCGUCGACCCGGACAACUUCCUCAAUCCCGCCACACCGAUGAUCCUCUGACCGCCGAGGAGAUCGAAGGUCUCGCGGCUUUGUCCGCUGCCAAGCUCACUCGCGAGGAGAAGAUUGCUCAUGCCAAGGAGGGUAAGACCGAUCGGGCUGACCAUAAGAGCAAGGAAGCCAAACGGAGAGAACGCAAGGAGGACCUAGGAAAGAGUACCACCAACAAGGAGAAGGCUCGCAAGAAGAACUUCCUUAUGACGCUCGGAAAGGCGAGAAGCAAGAACAAGCGCAGUUUGGUUGAGACUCGGGCUGUGUUGAAGGCUCACCAUGACCGCAAGAAGCGUGGUGGAAAGAGAGGAAAUAUUGGUAAUUAG